CCCCCAUCCUCCCCCUUUCCCUCUUUUCUUCCCGUCUCGGGCUCCGUCCUCCGUUCGCUUUCGAUCUUUCCUCCCCUUCACAUUCCCUCCUUCCUUCUCUCUCUCCCUCCCUCCCUCCUUCUUUCUUUCUCUCUCUCUCUCUCUCUCCCGUCUCCCUUCUCCUCUGAGGGGAUUUUAGCAGCCGGGCGGAGGUGGAGCUCGGCGGCAGAGGAUUAGAAGUGGAUGCGCUCAGAGACCGGCAGAGAUUUCCCCCACCCACCCCGUCGCCAACCCGCCCGCCAGCCCGCUCCGCCGUCGUGUGCCCUCGCCUCGCGAACGCGUUUUCUUGGAAAGCAGCCGAAGAAAGAAGAAGAAAGGGAAAAGGAUCGGAGCGCCCCAACCCUUCACCUCCAGCAAGAACCCUGACUCAGAUCCGCCUAGAUCCCUCCCUUCCUUUGGACUGGGGGAGGAAAAAAAAAAAAAAAGGAAGAGAAAGCGAGGCGGCUGGAAAAAGAAAAAAAAUCCCCUCCAUUCCGAGCCAACGGACCGGCUGGAGCCAGACGAGCUUCCUCCAAGCCAUGGACCAAGCGAAGGAUCUUCUCGUCUCUCGCCUGCCUCGGGCUUCCAAGAUCCAGCUGGCUUGAAAAGCGUACGUAUAGGAGAGAGAUCCAUUGCUUUGCUUCCUGGUUCGAGGGAUCGGGGGAUUCCUUGGAGGCUUGGAGGAAUCGACGACCCAGAUCUUCAGUUGGGGUUCUCCUCAGAUGGUGUGGGGGGGGAUCCCCAUCUAGUCAGCCUCCAGAUCCCGUCUGAUUUUCCUCUGGAUCUUUGAAGCAUUCCGCGGGAGGCGGAAAGUGGAGGGAAAGAAAGGGUCUUCGGAUCAUCUCCCUCUCCUGGAUGUACAGUACACGUGUUGGUUCCUUUCUGACGUUUCUACGGAUCCAGCUCUAAUUCAUCGGAAAAGAACUAACCCAGCUCCUCAAGGGUUGUUGUUUUUUUCAUCUGCAUCACUUUUGCAUAUCUGAGGACUGUGGGACGCACUAACGUUUACUAAGAAGAUUAUUUUAAGGCUUCUUUUCCAAAUUCCUGGAGGUAUCAGUUCUUGGAAGUCUCUGGAUGUACACAAUUCUUUUUCAGGGAAAAUUACCAAGCAGCAUUAAUCUUUUGGGCUCCUAGAUUUUAAAUGAACCCAUCGUCUGGUUAGAUGUCUUGGCUUUCCACAAUAUAAAAGUUGGAUUGUGGUACCAAAACGUACUUUGGUGUUUCCAUUUGUUCCAUCAGUUGUUUUUGUAGGCUUUUGAACAGCUGGAAUUAACGUGAAAUUCUGACGCUUGGAUUCCGCUAAAGGGACUUAAUUUUGCAGUAUCUUCUGACAGAUCAUCUUCCUCUUCCUGAUCCUUUAAGCUACUCUUUCCCCUUUUCUUUCUUCUGAAUGUAUUCCUCGGACUCUCCCACCUUUCCUUCUCCUUUUCCAAUCCAGCUCUCCCUCAUUCCACCUCCAUCUGUCACUUCCUACCAUUUUUAUUUCUGGAGCCUCCAUUUUCUGUUACUCUAAUACUGUCUUUCUUCUCCUUUCCAACCGUUUCCCAUUUCUCUAAACCCCCUUCUACUCAUUUCCAAGUCCAUUCCAGAUCCUCUUCUUUCUCUUUCUUCACUCCCCCUUUUAUUCCAUUUUUUUCCAUUGCCUCUUUUGUUUUUGUGUUGCUUUUCGUGUUAAGUUGCUCUACCAAGCCCCUUUCCCCCUCCUCUGUUUUCCCUUGCUUUGUACCUUCUCGCUCCUUGAACAUCCUACCAAAUCUUUUCUUUUCUUUUUUUCCAAUCCUUUCCCCCCCUAGAUUUCCCUCCUGUUUCCUGCUAUCUCACACCUCCAGCAAAGAUGUCUUCAACUCCUCCACUGCCAGAAUGGAAACUUCAGUUGCUGGAGCGUCGGCGAAAGGAGGAAGAGGAGGCUCGGCGGCGGGAACAGGAGCAACAAGACCGCAUGGCUAAGAUGCCGGCUUGGAAACGGGAAAUCAUUGAACGACGCCGGGCCAAGCAAGGUUCAAGCACUUCUUUUUCUGAACCAAGCGGACCAGGGGAAACUGAGAGCGGCCCAUCAUCCGUGCCUGCUGCAACAUCAUCCUACCAAGAGGGGGAGCCAGAGAGUUCUGUGCUACAGGAGAAGAUUGGGCCAGUCCACCAAAAUCCUUUCAUUCAGCUAGAGAAGCGCCGCCAUCAUCAUGAAUCUGGCCCUCCAGAAAAUGAACUUGCAAACACCAAAGCUAAACAAAUAGUGGAUCUGUGUGGUCAGAUUCCAGGCGUCCGGACCCUGCGAGCAGACAAUGUCAUUAUAAUUGAAACAGCCCAUGGGGCACCACCGGCACAGCUGGCUAGUGACCGCCACUCGGGAGAAGCCAAAUCUGGCAGCAUGGAGUCCCUCAAUGAGCUGUUGGCCCGCCGUGGGGGCAGCGUGACUGAGAUCCGUGCAGGGGAGGUCUUCAUUGUCAAGUCGGCUUUGAGCCGCAGCGUGGAGGAUCUCAAUGCUGUGGGCCGAGCUGAGCAUCGGGCAUCGCUGCCAGAGCAGCGCCAAGGACGGGUGAGCAAACUGCUCAGCCGGUUUAGCCAAGAGGACGGUGGAGGGAUGGUGAUGCCAUCGCCCCCGGUGAAGUCCCUCAGCACUGAGAAUUUAAUUGAAAGCAGCAGCUUUGGAGGAAAGAAGCCAGUCCAUUCUCUAGCAGACCCCAUCCCGGCCCGGCUGCCCUUUGUCAAUCGCCUCCCCAGUCCUCCCUGUGACCUCCCGGGACUGACACCUCCAGGACCUUGCACUGUGGCAUCUUAUCGAAGCCAAUUUGAAGCUAAAUCAAGCAGUGGGGAGGGCUGGCCAGAUAGUCCCCCAAGGCGCUCCCCCACUGGGAAAAGAUGGGGAAGGGAGGCUGUGUCCCCAGAUAGAGGAGCCAGGAUGGAGAGCAGUGAUUUGGAGGCGGCAGUGGAAUGCCACUCAACUGAGGACGAUGUCCAGGGCAAAGCCUUGGCCAACCUGCGCCUCCAUUCCAGGAACUCCUUCAUGGUUGUGCCACCGAGGGCUUCGGCCUCCCCUCCCCCAGAACCCAAACAGGAAGCCAGCCCUUCUCCUCCUUCAGCCAAGCCCCCAGUCCCCACUUCCUGCUCUUCACCCAGCUGUGAACAACUUCUCCCGGACGCUGUGGAGGAGCCGCCGCCCGAGGCUGAGGCCAUGAGACGCAGCGGCAACAGCAAAGUUAAGGAGGAUGUCAGGAUGGGAGGCCUGAGCCGGGUCUCAUCCCCGCAUCCAGCAAUGCAGCGUCGCAGUGGCAACACCAUCACAAUCAAUCCUCGGAAGGCCCCUGUGUCACCUGUCACGGCUGUGGAGAAUGGCAUCGAGAGCUCCCCGCCAAUGGCCACGAUGCCCAUGAAGAAGCGCUACCCCACAGUGGAGGAGAUCCAGGUGAUUGGAGGCUACCUCUCCCUGCAGCGAUCGUGUCUUGCAAAGAACGACCGGCAUCGGAAAAAGCUUAAGAUUUCAUUCAGUGAGAAUCAGCUGGAGAGGACAUUCCAAUACCCAUCAGAGAGUUCCCUACUGGAGGAGUUCGGGCCCCCAGAAGAGUCAGAGUCUUUGAUUAGCACAAACCCCCUUGGUGAUGAGGAAGAAGAAGAAGAGGAGUUGCUGCUGCUUCAUCGUGGCCUCCCUGGCCUGCUCAGGAGCAAACCACUUAUUGUAGAUGAGUCCUGUCGGCGAUAGCUUAUCGUCUUUCUUUCCCGGUGUAGGAAAAGGUAGAAUCCAUUUCAAGAUUGAAGCCGUGUUCCAAAAUCCUUCGGCUGGACCUUGAAUCUCUUUUUGUCUUCCAAUGACUGACAUACCAAGGAAAAAGAAACAGGGACCAAUAAAGACCUAUCAGCCUUUUUCUACAGCUUUAAGGCUGUAUGUUUCUUCCUUCAGGAGUUACGCUGCAUCUUCACCCUUGAUAUGGCUCUUCUCUUUGCGUUGACCCUGAAAACAGAACCUCUUCGCUUAGGAACAAGUAUCAAACAUGUAGAUGGCUCCAAAUUGUGCAAAAUGCAGUCCAGUCUAGAUGGGAAUCUCAACCAGUGCUUUUCCUGCCGCUCCUAUCUGUCAGUGAGGAGCCUGUGGACAUGUUUUAAAACUUUCCCUGAGGAAAGACCAUCGAACCUUCAAACACCAAGGGCUAACAUCAUUGACCUAUUUUACUCCUUACCAUCAACCACACAGCAUUUGAAAGCUUCAGCUCUGGGCUGAGGGACAUUGAUGUGACUUUGUCUGGUUGUUGUUGUUGUUGUUGUUUUUCUGCUUUUUUUUUUUUUUGAUAAAGUAUCUUGUCUUGUUAUGAUGUUUAAAGGAAAACAAAGCAAAGCACCAUACUUCGGGGGGGAGACCAGGGAAGGUUACACACACUGCUUAUCAGUAUUCGGGGAGUGGGAGGGGGGCCAUUGAAGAGAAAGUCAAUUCAACAUAGCAUGACUCUAGGUGUGAGUAAUAUGGCAUGUAACUGGGCAACGGGGACGGGCCUCUCUGUGUUUUAAAACAAGAGCACUUAGUAAGGCAUGGAAUUGAGCAAUUAGGGAAAGGUUAUCUCUGCACGGGGGGCAGAGACCGUUGUUCUUUGUGGUGGCAUUUUGUGUUUUCUCUCUCUUUGACUUCAGGCUGGGGUGGUCUUGUGGAACAAGGGGGUGGGGGAGGCAGGGGGGCAGGGAUGGAAUGGACAAACAAAGCAGAAUCAGGAGAAAAGUACCGCUUCUGGUUUUAGUCACAUCCAUUUCAUGUUUAGAAUUCACAACUCAUAUGGUCUUAGAUGGGUGGGCAUGAAGUGAAGUGAACAGAGCCAUGAAUGGUUUUAAAAAAAAAUGAAGCGAUGCUUUCAGGGGUGGCCACAGGGGAGGGUACAAAAGGUCUGGAUGGUGUCUACAACAACACACUCGAAGGACUGCUUCUUCAGUUGGACAAUUGUGGCUGCCAAAUUGACCUUUUCCCCUCCACUCACCCCAGAUGAUUAUUUGGAUUAUUUGGCCAAAAAAGUAUUAUUACUACUAGCAAUAAUACUAGUAAUAUUAUUAUUCUACCAGCCAUUUUGAUAGGUACAGGUAGUCCUCGUUUAAUGACCAUCUGUUUAGCAACCAUUCAAAGUUAUGAUGGUGCUGAAAAAAGGGACUUACGGCUGGUCCUCAUGCUUAAGACCGUUGCAGUGUUCCCACGGUCAUGUGAUUGUGAGCCAGGCACUUUUCAACCAGCUCACACAUAACAAUUUUUCAGUCAGGUGGCUGCCAUUUGUGACCUUCUCAUCCAGAUUCUAACAAGCAAAAAAUCAAUGGAAAAGCCAGCAGGAGGUUGCAAGUCACGGUCACACAAUAUCUUGCUUAAUAGCCAUGGAUGAUUCACUUAACAACCUCAUUGCUUAAUGAUGAAUUUUGCUCUCUGUAUCAUGGUUGUAAGUUGAGGACUACCUGUAAUUGCCAUUCUGCACUGCAUAGUAUUUUUAACUAGGACAAAUUCUUAACUUAAUUAAGGUUAAGGAAAGCAAAGCCACGGUACAUUUGUUUGAAGAUGUUUACCUGGCGACUUCUAUGCACCACCUGAACAUCUGAGCACUACCGCUCAGCUUGCACACCUUGAUAAAGACGUGUUCAUUUUUGAAGAGAAGAAGAAGGAGCUAUAGCUUUUGGGUCUCUCAGGAUGACCUUCCACCUUGGGCAGUGAGAAAGGGGGCAAAUCUUUUGUAGUGCCGAUAAUAAAAAAAUGAGGUGGGUUGACUCAGGGAAGCCGAGGGCCAGAGAGGCCCUCCAAGCCCUCCACCCUACCCCAUUUCACAACUCAGGUCCUGUCUCAGGGCUAUAAUAGUUCACAAUUCCACAUUCUGGAACCAAAAGUAUAAUUCCUUUGUCCUCCUGGCUGAAAGUCUGACCUUAAGAUGGAAGUGUCCAAAUAAAAUUGAAACUUUUUCUAAAUUGCUGAACAGGAAUUUUCUCUUCCCCAACUGUGAAGCUUGGUUGACUUGCUCGAUUAAAUUACUCAAAGAAUGGCACAACUCAUCAAUGGAACAAGAAUGCAGAUUGAGAGAAAGUUGAUGAAUGUAUGGGAGGAGAAAGGUGAGGCUUUAGGAACAAAAAUUGUUGAGCGAAGAAGUAAAAGUUUGAAUGGAAGGUGCAGAAGAGAAAAUUACAUAUCUUCUCUCUCCCUUCAUUAUUAAUUUAUCUAUCUGUGCACCCUUUUUAAUUAUCAUUUCUCCUUUUAUUUUGCACUGCCGGGACAGCCAAACAUAAAAGCCCAUGAAUAAGUGAGAGAGUGACUGAAUACUGCAGACAUAUUUUUCUUUGACAGGUGUGUGAUGGGGUCUGCAAAGAUCAAUGUAUGUUAUAUGAGGGCUGAAGAAGCUGUGUCCAGCCAUUUCCAUCAGUGUUUUUUUGUUACAUGUAAUUAUUAUUAUUAACAAUAAACCAGAAUGAUGUUGCACGAUAA